AUGUCUCGAAGCUUUCUAGUGGACUCUUUAAUCGGCAACAAUUCGCCGCCUUCGUACCCGUUACCGUAUUAUGGAAAUCAACUUCCUAAUUACAUGUUCAACUUUUUCAAUCUGGGCUUGAGCUACCAGCCGAUUAGACCGGUGCCCAGACCACCCACUAUGCCCGUGUCUAUCAAUCCACCGACGUUAGGUGUUUUGCCAAUACCUGGACAAAGUCCACCGUCGCCUUUGAAUACCUCAACGAGCAGAUUAUCAGAUAUUUCAGCGCCUAGCGAAUCUCCGUCCCGUAACAGCACUCCGACGCCUCCUCCGAAAUCUCCGAGUUCCAUCAACAACAGCUCUAAACGUAUCCGGACCGCGUUUACUAGCACUCAGCUGUUGGAGUUGGAACGCGAGUUCGCCUCAAACAUGUACCUGUCACGGUUGCGUCGCAUCGAGAUCGCGACUAAUCUGCGACUGUCGGAGAAACAGGUGAAAAUCUGGUUUCAAAACCGCCGGGUAAAGUACAAAAAGGAGGAUUUACCAUCCGGUCAGAGCCAAAAAUGCUGCUGUUUGAGGACCUGCGGUAAACGGAAGGAUAGCUGCGGGGAAGAAUCUCCUGGCAGAAAAUGCGAUCAGGAAGAGGAUGAAAAGAGGUCUCCGAAGAGGGAGAGCGGCGACGGCAAAUCCAUUCGUAAAUUCACCGAAACCGAACCUCUCGAGCGAUCGAUCGCGAAUGAAGAUGCCUGCUUCGAGGCAAAGUUUGAAUUCUCGAGAAUAAACUCUGUGCAGGAUCAGGCAAUAGGAUGCGAGGCACGGGAUCUCUCUCGAGGUUGCAAGAGGAGUCUGCCAGACGUGGGCGAACGAGAUGACAAGAGGGAAGAUGGAAGCGGUGGCAGAUUAUCAGACUCCGAAUCCAGAAGCAAUUACAACUCCGAUGUUCAGGAAUAUAGGAUGCACGAAGCACACCGUCGAGAGAAUCGUUAA